AUGAGAUAAUUUAGCGGGACUUGGAAAAGGAGAGGUGGAAAUACUAAUAAUAGACCAUUUAGAGGAGGGAAUUAAAAUUUUAGAGACAAUAGAAAUAAUAAUAACAGGUCUAAUAAUCAACAAGGAAAUUAUAAAAAUAAUUAGUUUAGAAGAUCAUCAAAUUAAAAUUAAAAUUCAGGUUAUAAUAGAUAAAGAAACUAAAAUUAAAACAGAGGAGGAAGAUCAUAUAGAGGAAGAGGAAAUUAAUAAGGAUAAGGAUUUUAAUAACAAAAUACAUAGCGAAGAAGAAGAUUUGGGUUCAAAUAAAAUAAUUAGAAUGUAAAUCAUAUUUUAAUUGAAUAGGGUGAAAAGAAAUAAAGGUUCAUCAAAACUGGAAGAAAGAAUAGAAUUAAUUCAGAUGUUUAUAAAAUAGCCAAGGAUCUAUAAAGUAUAAUUAUAUAUUAUAUUAUAUAGGAAAAUCUAAAAUGGAAUAGGCAUUAGAUAAUUAUUGGAAGAAAGGUGGUGAUUAAACAAAGAAUGAAAAGCCUACUCAAGAAGCAAAUAAUGAAAAAUGAU